CUGCUCCCUGAUCUAUUUCCUGUGUCUGGAAGGAAUUCCAGCUUCAUCCCUUCUCUCGGUUUGUGGGUUCUAAGCAGGAGGAGAAGAGUCUGACGGAGCAGCAGAGGAACAUUUUCAUCCACCUGGACUCAGCUGAGUCACUACAGAGGAAACAAUGAGUUCAACACAAAAGGACCAACAUGGACUGAGAAGUCAGUGCUCUCAGGAGCCCGACAAACCUCACAGAAGAAAGAGAGAGAAAACAUACACCUGUGACGAGUGUGGGAAGGAUUUUACUGUAAAGUCUAACCUAAGAAGACAUCAAGUGAUCCACACUGGAGAGAGACCGUUCAGCUGUGACUUGUGUGGAAAAUCUUUUAGUUUGAGGAAUACCUUAAAGACACACAAACGCAUUCACAGUGGAGUUAAACCAUUCAAGUGUAACCUGUGUGGAAAGUGUUUUACUCUAAAGAAUAACCUAAAUAGUCAUACGCUCAUCCACACUGGAGAGAAACCAUUCAGCUGUGACUUGUGUGGAAAACCUUUUAGACAGAAGAGUGGGCUAAAAAUUCACCAACUCAUCCACAGUGGAGUUAAGGCUUACAAGUGUGAUCAGUGCGGUAAAUCUUAUACUCGCAAUGAUGCCUUACAGACUCAUCAAGUUUCCCACUCUGGAAUUAAGGCGUACAGCUGUGACUUUUGUGGGAAAACCUUUAACAACCUUGGACGCCGAAAUAAACACCAACGCAUUCACACUGGAGAGGAUGUGUACUGCUGUGAUCAGUGUGACAAAUGGUUUACAACAUAUGCACACUUACAAAUCCACAAAAUUACCCACACCGAAGAGAGAUCCUAUAAAUGUGACCUGUGUGAGAAGGCUUUUAAAUAUCCACAUUCCCUGAAAGAACACCAACAGAUCCACACCAGAAAGAGACUCUACAAGUGCAGUUACUGUGAGAAGCAGAGCGACACCGAUGGAUCCAGUUCUCAACCCUGUCAUCACUGUGGUGGUGGGAAAGACUUUCACUGUGACCUUUGUGGAAAAACUUUCUAUCAUCAAAGGAACCUAAAAAUACAUCAACGUGGACAUACUGGACAAAAGUUGAACUACUGCAAAAAAUGUGGCAGAGGCUUCCCCACACCUAGUGCAUUAAAACGCCAUGAACUCAUUCACAGUGGGGUUAAAAAGCACGUCUGUGACCAGUGUGGGUCAUCCUUCACCACUGCAGGUCAGCUUAAAGCACAUAAACGAGUCCACACAGGAGAGAAACCAUACAAGUGCACAUACUGUGACAAAAGCUUCUCACAUUCAAAUAGCCGUAUACUUCAUGAACGUACACACAUGGAAGGAAACUACAGCUGUGACCAGUGUGACAAAAGCUUCAAGAAUCUCAGUUCAUACUCCAGACACAAACGAUCCCACGCUGUAAAUAAACAGUUUCAGUGUGACCAAUGUGCAAAAACAUUCACUUCAUUAUCUGCUCUGUGCAAACAUCAACAUGAUCAUACAGGGCUGAAAUCACUCCCAUCAUUUGGUCACAGUGAAUCCGAAGAGAUGAAAAUCUCCUCUUCUGGUUGCAGGGAGAGACUUAAAAGCCUUGAGAUCAGGCUCCACAGAGUUCAGAUGAAAUCUCCUGUAAAGGGUGUCAGCUAAUAUCACAGUUAGAUCUGAUGAGGUAGUGUUUCUGGGCUUGCAGUGAGUAAUGAGUUCAAAUAUAAGAAUCUGCAUAU